AUGAAAAAUCCAGGGAUAAGCUGUGGAAAACUACUUUGCUUAAAGUUCUCAUUAGAAACACUGAUGACUGAACCAAUUAUUUUUGAUAUUACUAUUAAUUUUUCUACAUUAGAAUCUGAUAUAUUUCCAUUAAUUCAUAAAAUUCGUCCACAAUGGUCUUUAUCAAAUACUCAAUUUAAAUUAUUUCCAGAAGGUAAUACAAAUAUCAUCAUUGGUCUAUUUCAAAUUGAUCCAUAUUCAAAACAGAUUAUAAAUGAAUCUGAUGGUCUAAUUAUAAAACUAUUUGGUCAAAAUAGUGAUCUAUUUAUUGAUCGUCAAAUUGAAUUAAAUACAUUGAAAGAAUUAUCAAAAUAUGAUUUAUCAAAUAAAAUAUUCUGUCAAUUUCAUAAUGGUCUUAUAUAUUCAUAUAGACCAGGUGAAGCAUGUACAAGAGAACAAAUAGCUGAUAAACAUAUUUCAAAAUUAAUAGCUAAAAAAUUAGCACAAUAUCAUUUAUUACUAUUAGAAAAAAUAACAAACGAACAGAAUCCAAAAUCAUAUUUAAUACCAACAAUGAAAAAAUUUUUAAAUCUUUUAAAUGAUGACUCAGAUUUUCGAAUUGAUUCGUAUACAUGUUCUAAUUUAUUAUCUGAUAUCGAACAUAUUGAAUCAAUUAUUUUGCCAAAAUUAAAUUUUGAUGUUGUCUAUUGUCAUAAUGAUUUAAUAUGUAAAAAUGUUAUAUAUGAUCGUUCGACAGAUGAUGUUUCAUUUAUUGAUUUUGAAUAUGCUAUGUAUAAUUAUUGGAUAUAUGAUAUAGCAAAUCAUUUUAUUGAAUAUGCUGGUGUUGAACAACCAGAUUUUAAUUUAUAUCCAAAUAUAGAACAUCAAAAACAAUUUUUACAAACAUAUUUUUAUUAUAGAAAAUUAACAAAUAUAGACAAUGAUUAUUUAAAUAAUAUAUGUGAUUUGAUUGAUAAAUUUGCUGCUCUAUCACAUUUAUUUUGGUCACUUUGGGCAUUUGUACAAGCAAAAAUAUCAAAAAUUGAUUUUAAUUAUAAAGAAUAUGGAUACAUGAGAUUUAAAAAAUAUUUUGAUUUUAAAACAAAAUUAUUUGAAUAA